AUGGAGGAGUUCAUCGGGCCGCUCCGCUUCGACGAGCACAAGGCCUUCCUCCGAGUCGUCCACUCACGUGGCGGCGAUGCGCUGUACCUCGGCCCACUCUUGCCCCGAGCAAUCAAACGGUACCUCAAGCACUGGCUGCCGCUCGUCGCAAGCGAGGGCGACGGCGCCCGACUCAUCCCGCCCCUCGAUGUCGCCUGGGUGUGGCACCUGCACCGGCUCGCGCCUCGCCGCUAUGCUGUGUACUGCAACGAGCGCUUUGGACGGGUGCUCGAGCCGGCGGCAGCGGCCUUCAAGGCACAGAGCGCUGCGGACGAGGCCGAUGGCGAGACUCGCCGGCUGUGGGAGAAGCACUACGCCGACGAGCCCUUCUUCCAGCGCGGCGAGGGCGAGAGCAGCCCGGCGGAGUGGGGCCCUCGCGACCCGCUCUCGAACCAGACGACGCUCUGCGCCGAAAUCAAGACGGCGUGCGCUGCGGCUCGCAGCGAACACGGCUUCGACUACGACUCCGAGCCUGACUAA